UUGUGGUAUUUUCUGGUAUUUUAGCUAUAACUCAGCCGAUUUAUCGCCCGUACCUCCGCCUCCGAUCUCGGCCAGAAACGGACUGGGCCAGCUAGCUGAUAGUGCGCCGCCGACUGCCCCGCUCUCGCCCUUGCCCCUCAUCCGCCGAGGUCAAGUAAUCUCGUGUGAUAAGCGUGUGACACUCGGCACUCGCUGCUCCAUUCCUCAAGAGACCAGUGCACUUGCAGCGCCUGCGAAUACGGUUGCCCCAACCCAUGGCCCAAACGGAAGUGCUAGUCUUUGGCUCGGCCAUCAUCGACUUCAUAAGCUACACACCCCGUCUGCCGAGACCCGGAGAAACGCUUCACGGGCAUCGCUUCCAGACUGGCUACGGCGGAAAGGGCGCCAAUCAGUGUGUGGCCGCCGCGCGCCAGGGAUCCCGCACGGCUCUGGUGGCCAAACUAGGCGCAGACACCUUCGGCAGCGACUACUUGCGGCAUCUGCGCGAGGAGCGGAUCAAUGUGGACCACGUCGAGCAGCUGGCGGACCAGACGACGGGCGUGGCCCAGAUAGCCGUGUCCGAUGGCGGCGAGAACAACAUUAUCAUUGUGGUGGGCGCCAACAAUCAGCUGAGCUCAUCCGACGUCUCCGCGGCGGAGCCGCUCUUCCGGGAAGCCAAGGUUCUGGUCUGCCAGCUGGAGACGCCCAUUGAGGCCACCCUGACUGCCCUCAAAUCCUUCCGGGGCGUGUCCAUUGUGAACGCGGCUCCGGCCAUGGCGGACACACCCCCUGAACUGCUCCAGUUGGCCAGCAUCUUCUGUGUGAACGAAAGCGAAGCGGCCUUAAUGACAAAGAUGAGCGACAUUGGGAACGUGGAGCAAGCCGAAGAUGCGGUUGGAAAGCUGAUAGAGGCAGGUGCCAACACGGUGAUCAUAACUUUGGGGAAACUGGGAGCCGUUUUCGGCUCCGCCGACUCCAAGGGCGUGUGCCAGCAUGUGGCUGCUCCGAUUGUGCCGCCCGAAAAGGUGGUGGACACGACGGGGGCCGGCGACGCCUUCAUUGGGGCCUUGGCCCACAACUUGGCCCGUCAUCCAAAUGGGAAACUCGAGGACCACAUAGCCGCCGCAUGUGCCGUGGCCUCGCAAUCCGUGCAGCUCCACGGGACGCAGUCCAGCUUCCCAAAGGCCUAGAUAUACGCGAAAGAAUCCGUCGGAACAAUAAAUCUCUAUCCUGACGUA